CACACCCCAGAACAGUCUGCCCAAAGCCAGACAGCGUGACGCACUGACACUGCUCAUUUGUAAAUACAGUUAAGACACUCGGCAGCAGCAUUUGGAAACUAUGGCGGAAAGCGACUGGGAUACUGUGACUAUCUUGAGGAAGAAGGGUCCUUCUUCAGCACAGGCCAAAUCCAAGCAGGCUGUCGCUGCUGCACAGAGGCGUGGAGAGGAGGUGGAGACCACAAAGAAAUGGUCGGCGGGACAGAACAAACAGCACAUGGUGACUAAGAAUACGGCAAAACUGGACCGUGAAACUGAAGAGUUGCACCACCAGAGAGUUUCGCUGGAGGUGGGCAAGGUCAUCCAGAAGGGUCGUCAGGACAAAGGGAUGACUCAGAAAGAUCUUGCCACUAAAAUCAAUGAGAAACCGCAGGUCAUUGCUGACUAUGAAAGUGGAAAAGCCAUUCCAAAUAACCAGAUUAUGGGCAAGAUUGAGAGAGCCAUUGGAUUGAGACUCCGUGGGAAAGACAUGGGACAACCCUUCGAAGCAAAGUCCAAGAAGAAAUGAGGACAAAGCCUCGAAAUCAGCCCUCCCUCAUACUCCAACCCUGCCCCCACUCCUCCACAAAACACCUUGCACUCUCCCUUCCCUUACUAAUCCUCUAACCCUGUUUAGCCCUCUAACCAGGGAUAUACUCUUGCCCUUACCCACACACUGCCCCGGGCUGAUCUUACUUAGGUUCCUUCGUUGGACCUGGUGCUCCACUGCAUUUAAAAAGCUGCAUAUAUUGAAAUGUCAAUCAGAAAUGAAAUGACUUCUUAAAAUGAUGAAUGACUACGUUGCAAGACUUUGCAAACCCAAAGUGCUGUGAUCAUUUUGGUAUUUUUUUUUUUUUUUUUUUUGCUUUGGCAUGAAACCAUUUUAUUUCUUUUUGGACAGUUGAAGCAGAAACUAUUUGAUGGAAUUUUUCCCAUUACAUCAUUGAUAAUAGACUUAUUUAAAAGCAUGUUUUGUCAAUUUUAAGUAUUGCUUGACUGUGGCCUUUUCACCCUUUUGAGAUGUUUGGGGUCAAAGUUCAUUGAAAUACUGACAUGUCCUCAAGCUUCAGCUUUGUUAAAAGGCUUCAAAUAAAGUUUGAAACAUUUGGAAAA